AUGGAGUCCCAAAACCGCCCCAACAUUGUCUUCAUUAUGGCAGACGAUCAUGCCGCCAAGUCUAUCUCUUGCUACGGUGCUGGUAUCAAUAGCACCCCCAAUCUUGACAGAAUUGCCCAAGAAGGCAUGCUAUUUCAUCAUUGCUAUGUCACCAACAGUAUCUGUACACCAUCUCGAGCGGCAAUUCUAUGCGGCACGUACAACCACGUCAACAACGUCACGACCCUAGACUCCAAGCUCAACAGCAGGCUUCCGAAUGUGGCCAAACAGCUCCAGACCGGAGGAUAUCAAACUGCAAUGGUGGGCAAGUGGCAUCUUGGAGAGGGUGCUAACUGCGAACCGACCGGCUUUGAUUACUGGAGCAUCGUCCCAGGACAGGGCGAGUACUGGGACCCUCAGUUCAUCGAACCUGGUCCCCAUGGCGGCAAGUCCACCAUGAAUCGGGUACCAGGCUACGCAACAGAUGUCAUCACCGACAAAUGCAUCGACUGGAUGUCGAAUCGUGACAAACAGCGCCCUUUCUUCCUCAUGUGCCACCACAAGGCUCCCCACCGCAGUUGGGAGUGCGACAACAAGCACAAGGACCUCUAUAAAGACCCGGUACGACUACCUGACACCUUUACGGACGAUUAUAAAAACCGAGCAAAUGCUGCCAAAGUCGCCAAGAUGCGUGUCGCCGAGGACCUCACCUAUGGAGACCUUGGGAUUGUCCAGCCUGAGGGGCCCAGCAGUGAAGUUGGCCAGAAGAUGAUCGACAUUUGGUGGUGGAACGAUCGCAAAAUUCCUGCCCCUGAGGACGUCACAAAGCUCAAGCUAGUCUGCAAAGAUGACGGCACAGUCUUCACUUUCAAGACUAAGGAGGAGCUCGCAGAGUUCAAGUUCCAGAGAUACAUGCAACGAUAUUUGCGAACGAUACAAAGCAUCGAUGACAACGUCGGCAGAAUGCUCGACUGGCUAGAGUCAGAGGAUCUUGCAAAAAACACUAUCGUCAUCUAUACAUCUGACCAGGGCUUCUUUUUGGGUGAACACGGUUGGUUCGACAAAAGGUUCAUGUACGAAGAAAGCUUUCAGAUGCCGUUCAUGAUCCGAUACCCCAAGGCCAUUAAGCCGCAGUCUGUGUGCAAUGAUAUUAUUUGUAACGUGGACUUUGCACCAACCUUCCUCGACUUUGCCGGUGUCCGGAUCCCGAGCUACAUGCAGGGGCGAUCCAUUCGACCUCUCCUCCUCGGAGAAGAUCGAGUCGAGCCGUCUUGGCAGCAAGUGGCAUACCACAGGUAUUGGAUGCAUCGAGAUGUAAUCCACGAAGCAUAUGCGCAUUAUGGUGUGCGCGAUCAGCGAUAUAAGCUGAUCUACUGGUACAACGAAGAUUUGGGAAUGGAGGGUGCGCGUCCAGGUGGGGAAGAAAAGGAGUGGGAGCUCUUCGAUUGCCAGGAGGAUCCGCUCGAGCUCUUCAACUGCUACAACGACCCCAAAUACCUAGGCAUAGUGAAGAAGAUGACAAAGCUUCUUAACGAGAAGAUGGCUGAGAUUGGGGACGAACCGAUACAUACCAAGUUGGCUGGAUCAAAGUUGCUCAAUGGCGUCCACUGA